CGGCGGGGGUGCGGCAGCCCCGGGCUCUGCGCGGCGGGGGGCGGCGGGGCCGCCGGUUGAAGGGCAGCGGCGGCGAUGGGCGCUACGGGCUGAUUGGUAAAGAUGGAAAGAGGGAGAGGAGGAGGAGGCGCAGGAGGAAGGAACCUGGGGGGCUCCGGCUUGCACAGGAGCGUUUACUCCCAGUCCCAGCAGCAGUACCAUUACCCGGCCCCCUCGCAGGGGGGCUGCAUGGAGAUCCAGGAGCUGGCCUCCAAGAGGGUGGACAUCCAGAAGAAGCGGUUUUACCUGGACGUGAAGCAGAGCUCCCGAGGCCGCUUCCUGAAGAUCGCGGAGGUGUGGAUAGGGCGAGGCAGGCAGGACAACAUCAGGAAAAGCAAGCUGACGCUCUCCCUGUCGGUCGCCGCCGAGCUGAAGGACUGCCUGGGGGACUUCAUCGAGCACUACGCCCACCUGGGCCUGAAGGGCGGCCACAGGCACGAGCACAGCAAUGGCAAGGAGCAGCAUUCCAGGCGGCGCCAGCAGCACCCGCCGCCCUCGCCCCCGGGGUCUGUGGGCUCCGAAGAGCACCCUCACAGCGUCCUCAAAACGGAGUACAUAGAGAGGGACAACAGGAAGUAUUACCUCGACCUGAAGGAGAACCAGCGGGGGCGCUUCUUGCGGAUUAGGCAAACCAUGAGCAGGGGACCGGGCAUGAUCGGUUAUUUCGGCCACGGCUUGGGACAGGAGCAGACUAUUGUCCUUCCAGCGCAAGGGAUGAUUGAGUUCAGGGAUGCUUUGGUCCAGCUGAUUGAAGAGUACGGCGAGGGGGACAUCGACGAUCGCAGGGGCGGGGGCGACGACCCCCCCGAGCUCCCCGAGGGCACCUCGUUCCGGGUGGACAACAAGCGGUUCUACUUUGAUGUGGGAUCCAACAGGUAUGGCAUCUUUCUGAAGGUAAGUGAGGUGAGGCCACCCUACCGUAACACCAUCACGGUUCCAUACAAAGCAUGGACAAGGUUUGGGGAAAAUUUUAUCAAGUAUGAAGAGGAGAUGAGGAGAAUUUACAACAGCCAUAAAGAAAAAAGGAUGGAUGUCAGAGGGGACAGUGGUGAAGAGCAAGAGGGUCUCGAAUAGAGUGCAUUGGACUGGCCGUCUGGCAAAAUAAACUAAACAAAAAGCAGAAAUUGGUGAGAGGGACUGAUUUGUAGUCAUUUGAAGUUGCCCCGUUGUUUUGUAAAGUCCUUUCCGGUAGCUCGUACUAACUCCAGUACAUAAUAUUGCGGGAGUCUGGUUAUCGUGCUAAAUUACGCCCAAAACAUCUCUGUAUUUCUCACGAAAGUAACAACCUCCCGAGUCUGUAUGAGUCAGCUUCUUCAAGUGUGGAAGACUAUGGAAGUAUGCGUAUCAGCACAAAAAAAAAAAACAGCAUUCUGACCUUUAAAUAGUCUAGAUAAGGCUUGUAUUGCACUUCAGCAUGGUACAAAAAAAAACCAACCCUCAUGCUGAAAUGUAUCAGUUUCUGCUUAUGACAAGUUUUCUGGAACUGAAUUCUGUCCGUACUCAGUCAAAAGGCUGAGAAACUUAGCUAUAGGGCACCUCGUACAAAAACCAAGCCCGUAUUAAUUGCUCAUACAUGUAUGAGGAGAGGUAGACGUUUGAAAAUUGGGACCUGCUGGUUGCUGAGUUUGAAAGGAUAUGGGUGAAAUCUCGAUAACCAGUCAGACCUUUAUGAUGUGCUGGUGGAGAGCGGAAGAUUUGUCAAUAACCUCAUAGUCCUGUGCUAACGGAAUGACCCGAGUAUCCCAGGACAGCGAAGCUGUGCUCGAGUGCUAAGCCUUCCGAAUUAACGGCAAUGAGUAAUAACCCACUCUUCAUCUACGUGCUCUGCCCACACGAGGCUGAUGAUUUUUUUUUUAACGCGUUUCUCAAAAUUUCAAGAGCUAUUUUUGUAUGCGGGGUGUUGUGGGUUCCAGCAGGCGGCUGCGGAGCGGGUUUUCUGAGGCUGGAUGGCUGCUGUGAUCGAGGUUCCAGGGUUCCCUCCCAAAAGUGAGAUUAACGCGGUUGGUGUUACACGCACGAGGACGACAGCUGGGCGUUUCUCUCCUCCUGCUGAGAGAAAGGCCUUUGGGGGGUUUGGUGCACCGCUUGAUUCCUAUAAAAAUGCAUCUCUGUCAUAUUGAUCUGUAGCGCGUUUUCAAAGCCGUGGUUAAGGCUGUGUCAGGUUUUCUGUCAGUUCGGUUUUGCAGAUGUUAUUACCGUAUGAUAAUAUCCGUGCCCUACCGUCACCCCCUUCCCACCCCAUGUCACAGCUGGGGCCAUAACGGAGCAAUUCGGCGUCUGGCUGCUCACCUUGCAGCACAAAGUCCUACUGGUGGCCCUGCAGCCUGAACCUUUGCAGUCCCUGCAAGAGUAUUCCUCUGCCUGGAGGGAGAGUGCGUAGAGUUUAGCAGGCUUGAAGAAAGACUUUGAAAAUUCUUGGUCAUUUCUUCGAAAUGCGUGUAACUUUGGGGUCUUUUUCAGCUGUUGGGUGACCGGUUCCUUCCCUCCUGAAGGCAGUGAGCAUUUGGUUGAGCUCCAGGUCUUUUAAAUAAUGCAUUGCCCACCUUUAAGAUUUUUUUGAAGAAUGCGUUGCUCUGUCUAGUCAGAUAUUUGUAAUCAUUUGAAUUGUUUUUUUUUUUUUGCAGAGUGGCCUGGUGUGCAUGUGGACCAGCUGUUUUCCGACCCAACCAUUCCUUUUUUUUUUUUAAUCUGUUCAGAAAGGUAUUUAUCUGCAACCAGACCGUUUUCACUCUUAGUCUGGACCCACCUGCACACUGCACGGCCACGCUAAAUCCAAAAGCUAUUGCCUGUUACGACAUUAACCAUAGCAAGAAAAGCUGGGGAGGCGGGGGGUGGGAACUAAGAGGAUAAUCUGGACUUUAGUUUGGGUACUAACGAUAGUCGAUCUGUUUUAACUUUAAAAAAAAAAAAAAAAAAAGGAAAAAAAAAGAAAAAAAAAAAAAGCUUGCACCAAAGUCACCAAAGAACCUUUAGGAAAUGUUACAGUUGUGACAGGAAGUAAGAAAGUUAAUUUCACUGUUUUAGGUGAUUCCCCCUGUUUGUAAACUACAUAUUGCAGUUACAGCAAGCAAACAUUUGGCUUAGUGUCACAGUGACCAUCCGUUUCUGCACAGAUUGCUCUUUCAGGUACUUUUUCAAGUCUGUAAGGGAUUUUGUCAUUCCACCACUGGAACUGCUAGUGGACCACGGUGAACCAGCUGGAGGCGAUGUGGGGUGCCGGUUCAUCUUUGCUUUUAGGGUUUUGCUCACAAUGUUUUUGACAGGUCCAUUAAAAAAAAAAACCAUUAAAAUA